AUGAGGGAGACAUACUCGUCCACGAGUGACCCAGUUUUCUUCUUUCACCAUACGAUGGUCGAUAGCAUUUGGGAGAUGUGGAGACAGUUACGCCAGACACGUGAACAACGAGAAAGCGACUACCCACCUCCAUUCGACGACUGCUAUCCGAGCACACAUUUUGCGAAUGCAUCACUCAUGGUACGACGCCUUGAAAUCAACCAUCUGGUUUUGUUCAGCAUAAAAAAUCGGUUCAAGUUUUGUUGCUGUUCCCAUUUAGUGGGGCGGACUGGUAGCACUCAAAGAGAAUACUCAACACAAAUUUCAUGGGAUGUGGAGUUUAAAUAUAAAGAUGCUAACUGA